CCUUGAGAGAAAGCCACACCUCCAGAAGCUAAAAUUGUCAAACUCUUUCCAGAAGAGGUCCGCCAUUUUCUAGUUCUCGUUUGGACGCGUUCUUUUAUAAAUAUCGGAAUCGGUGAGAAAACUCGUUGUAAUAACCGCACGCAAGAGUUACUUUAUUGGUUUACGUUUGUUAAUACCGGACGGUUGGUUGUUUGUCAAGUCUGCAGCAUGAAACGCGUUUCAGACCGUGAUGCGUCGCCGUUCAGUAAACGUUCCCGUUCAAGUCUAGGACAUUAUGAUGAAAGCUCUGAGGAUGAAAGAGGUGGACCACCCCCUCCAAGACGUAGGCGAUCACCUAGUCCAAGCCAUCGUUCAAGAUACCCUCUGCCUCCUGAUCCACCAGUUCUGAGAGAACGAGAUGACUACCCUCCUCCAAGGUCUCGUCCUCCACCUCCUUCUACUGGUUAUAAAACUCUUUGUGUCAGCUCAAUCCAUCCUAAAGCUAGUGAUGAAGUGGUUAAAGAUUCCCUGUACAGAGAAUUCAAAAAGUAUGGUGAAGUUAGCAUCAAAUUGGUGCAUGGCGCUGAGCCAGAAGAUAGGUUAGCCUAUGUUUCAUUCAGAAACCCUGAAGAUGCUCGAGAAGCCAGGCACAGCAAGCAGAGAAUUAUCUUGUAUGAUAAACCAGCUGUACUUGAGCCCGUCUAUGAGACCUCUGCCGCACGGAGCACUAGAGCGCGUUCGAGAAGUUAUUCUCCGUUACCAUAUCGUGGUGAAGAAGAGCGCUAUAUCCGGCCACGUUCCCCAGAUGACCGACACCGAAUGUACGACGAUCGUUAUGAUUAUUCUUUGCGUGGAUAUGGUCCUCCACCGCCAGCCGGCAUGUACAGAGACUAUCGCCCUCCGCCAUACGAUUAUCCUCCACGCGGACCGUCGUCUUACCGUGGUCACUCUUACUAUGGAGCCGGAGGACAUCCACCUGUUCCGCAUUAUGAGAGAGGAAGUGAACGAGGUGGAGGUAGUCGAGGUGGCGGAGGAGGAGGUGCUGGAGGUGGUGGUGGUGGUGGUGGUGGUCGUAACGAAGAAGGAGGAAGAGGAGACCGAAAUCAUGAUCGCUACGAGAACAAGAAAGAUCGUUUCCCCAAUUAUUUGCAUCACAUCCCGCCUGAAGAGGAUCCGCUGGCUACGCGAACUCUUUUUGCUGGCAAUUUGGAGAUCAACAUAACUGAAGAAGAGCUGCGUCGCAUUUUCGGCAAUUACGGUAUCGUUGAAGACGUUGACAUCAAAAGGCCGCCUCCUGGCACUGGCAACGCUUAUGCCUUUGUUCGUUUUGAAAAUCUUGAUCAGGCUAAUAGAUGUAAAGUUGAACUUUCGGGACAGUACAUCGGCAAGUUUCAAGUUAAGAUCGGCUAUGGUAAAGCCACUCCUACCACACGCAUCUGGGUUGGUGGAUUAGGUUCGUGGACGUCUUUGGCUCAAUUGGAGCGAGAGUUUGAUCGGUUCGGCGCUAUCAAGAAGAUAGAGUACAACAAAGGGGACACGUCGGCUUACAUUUUGUAUGAGACAAUCGAGGCAGCUCAAGCGGCCGUACAGGACAUGCGUGGAUUUUGCCUUGGCGGUCCGGAUCGAAAACUCAAGACGGAUUUUGUUGACACGAAUCCUCCUACAGCUCAUCCGCCCACAGCCAAGAGCAAAGGAUCGUCUUCUUCCUAUGAUGCUGCCACCGCUAGAAGCGGAGCUGGCGAAGACUACGCCGGCGAAACCAAUUGGAAUAAUGGAGAUGAUCCCAACUAUCGAACAGGAUCGAGCAGAACGGGUAGAGGCAAUCGUAGUGGGUAUGAGAAACGACCCAAUGCGUACCGAGGAUCAGGAGCCGAAGGAGAUGACUGGCCUGCCAACAGCAGCCGACGGCCUCCGCCGGAUGAGUUCGACUCUACCCGAGGAGGUUCCCGAUCGCCAUCGAACGAGAGGCGAACCGACGAAGGUGGGAGGUUCACUGGAUACCGUACUCUGGCUGAAGUGGCCAGACGCUCUCCCAGCAACUGGACGGGCGCAUUGGUACUCAAGAAUUCCUUUUUCCCGACAAAACUACACGUAACAUCCGGUGAAGCGUCGAUUGCAGAUCUUUUAUUGCACGACGAAAAGAAUCAGCCACAUUUGCGUAUCACUCAGCGAUUGAGGCUCGAUCCUCCAAAAUUAGAAGACGUAUCACGUCGGGUUUCGGCCUCUGCUUCACACGCUAUCUUCCUUGGAUUGCCCGGAUCUACAGGAGGAGCUUCCAGUCCAACUUCUGACGAGGCUGCGGGUGUACAAAAUCGCCCACUUCGCAAUCUCGUCACCUAUCUCAAGCAGAAAGAAGCUGCUGGUGUCAUCUCGCUAGCAAAUAAAAAUGCUGACGUAACGGGCGUUCUUUAUGCCUUCCCUCCUUGCCAAUUUGCUGCUGACCUACUCCGACGAGCAGCCCCAUCUUUGACUGACGAGGCGUUAAAGGAUGAUCAUCUAGUUAUUGUUGUGGUGAAAGGAGGAACUGCUUGAAAGGACAACAAAACUUCGAUUGACAUCAAUCUGAUUUACUAUUACCCCUUCAGAUAAACCUGCGCACACCUUAAAUUGUCCGCAACCCCCUUUAAGAUUUUCACCAGCAAAUGAAACGACAUCUGGGUUUGGCCGUUUUUGAAAACUCCCUUAAAAACAAAAUAAAUUUACCAUUUUUUUGACCAUUAUUAGAUGAACUCUUGAUCCUGACUUUUUUUUUUUUCAUAAUUUUUUUUCAUAAUUUUUUUUUUCUUCCUUGCUUUAACCUUAUUUCUUUUCAGGUGUGUCCCGAACAUCAGUAAAACAAAAAAAAAAAAAAAUUAGACCAAUGUUUGCAUCGGUGAUUGUGUGUGUGAAUGUGUUGAGUGUGUCUGUGUCGUGCUUAGGUUUUUGCCUACUACCACUACUACUACUUCUAAACUAACCAGUUCUAUUCAGUGAGACAAAAAAGGAAAGGGCAGGGGUUUUUGAGAAUCAUGGUGGAGUGAAAGAGGUGCGCGCGUGAGUGGCAAGUGGUCUCGCUCGGUGUUCCUUUUUACAACCCCCCAUGUGUGUGUUGUGUUCCCCAUGAAAAUGAUGGCAAGUCAUCCUACAUUUUUGUUGGAAGUUAAGAAAAUUUACAGACGUAAGAAACCCCUUUUCUCUCUUUUUCUCUGCCGGAUCUACGAGUAAUUGUGGGAAAGGGUUUUUAGUGGGCCUUGCAGCUCUCGGUGUGUGUUGACAAAGUGAAGUGAAACGUGCGUGUUUCUCUCAGUGAAAAGAGUUUUUGAUUAACUGUGAGGGGUGAAUUAGUGGUUUAUGUGCCGCAGAUGUGUGAUGUGUCUAGUUUAAGUUCUCUCAUUCGUAAAACCAUCACUUUUUUUUAUUGUUUUAAAGUGGCAUGCUUAAGGGAAACAAGUGUUGUGCUUGCGCGAGUUAUAAGAGAUUAGUGGUGUGUGUGAUAGUGAGAAGUGAGGUUUUCCAGGUUUUCCCGUCGAGCCUCUCUCAACCGUGACAAGGCUGUGCUUUUUUUUCGUCUUCUCCCAGGAUUAAUUCCUAAAAAUACGCAACUCUUUCAGAUAAUCGUUUCCAUUUUUUCCCGUCAGUUCUCAUUUAUGUAACCAUCUGAUAAAAGGAAGAAAUAAACAAUAAUAAAUCGAAUUGCGAGGUCUUUAGUUUCAGACAUAACUUAAAUCUAUGAAUUAGUGUUUUAACUAAUACCUUAAUGGGAAGUACUAUACCCUGGGGCUGAAUUUUCGUCUGCUGCGCGUUCUGUUUAGGAAACGUUUGUUCUUUCUUUCAGGCUGGAAAACAAUGUCAUCAAAAAGAAAAUAUCAAGCAAAAGAGGAUUCUAUUAAUGAGCCUAAAGUUGUAGCUCUUGCAGGCCAGUCUUAUUUAUAUGGACAGACUCCUGCUGCCCUUUGCAGGCAGCAUUUUAAAGAAAUUGCCGAACGUCUUAAUAUGACUGUGGAAGAGCUGGCGAGAGAUGUUCUCAACAGAUCGCUUGGGGACCAGUUGUGCAUGCUACAAGAUUUUUACAAGAACAAAAAUCAAGAAACAGAGGCUGUUUAUCAGCCUCUUCUUGGACUCUCCUCGGAAGAGUUGAGUAAUUAUACAACUCCAGACAAGUCCCUAAAGAAAAACAAUAAAACUUAUGAGGGAACUGGAUCUUCUGUCCAUACAAAAAAGAAGUCUGUUUUUCUGGUUUUAUCAAGUGAAAGUGAAUCUGAAGAGAAAAUGAACUGUGUUGACCCUAAGCCACUAAACAAAGCUGUUCUAACGGGUAAACAGCCUCUAUGUAAGCGAACCAAAGUUCAGAACAUGAAUUUGUCAAGAAUCGAAAGUUCCAUUGAAGCUACAAUAGCCUUUGAAAGCACAUCGGACUCUGAGAAAGAGCAGACAGAUAAAAAUUUGUCUGUUCAAGAACCUGAAAUUGUUGAUCUUGAAAUGAAGAGGACAGAAGCGAUGCCAUUGAAUGAUUCGCAGUCGAAAAAACUGGUUAUCGAAGAAACGACCAAAGAACCUCUUGCUGUGAAAGAACGUAUUAGAACACCAGUACUAGAGGAAGAAUCGGAGGAAGAUCUAGAAACUUUUCUUUAUGGGGAAAGUCCAAGAAGAUCAAAACCGCCACCCAGAAAAAAAUGUCGACAACUGCCGUCCCAGCCAGCUAGUGAAACGACCACAGAUAUUUUUGAUGCAUUUGACAGCCCUUCUUCCCCGCGAGUUUGUACACCGGGACUGACUUUUGAACCCUCAUAUUGUAGCCCUUCGUCUCGCCAACGAGACCUUCUUUCAAUUGCUCGGGACAUCGCUGCUAUCCAAAGAGUUGUGGCGUCGGGGAGGAAACUCGGUGAUUCAGUUUCAGAUACAAUUAAAUUUACAAAUCAGACAGAUUAAUUUAGAUGACCUUACUUAAAAUUAUUUGUAGCAAAUUUUUUUAUUUUUAUUGUGACUAUUUAAUAACCAUACAAAUUCACAUCAUACUGUUUUUAUUCCAUUUUUAUUUCUUUUCCAGUACUUACUGCUUCAGCUUGCGCGAGAGCUUUACUAGUAGCCUUUUCAACUCUGACUUUCUUUUUCAUUUCUUUGCCAGCUUUCUUUGCCUCUUUUUCCUUUUGCUCCAACAUCUCUUGGAAUUUGGGGUCCUUCAUGCUAACCACAUACCCAAAGUGUUGUCGAACCUCUUCGAUUAGGAUGUCUUUCUUUUCCUGUGCAGCACGAACAACCGCUUCCUUCUUUUCUUGUCUAUCCUUCAGUUCCUUCAUCCACAAAGCAAGUUUUCCCAUUUUUAAUUCAAUAUCCUUUUGUCUGAGAAGUAAAAAAUAAUAAUUAAAAGAAAAAAUUCCCAUCAAGAUUUUUUGAAGUUGAAUCUGUUACCUGGUCUCAAUUUUCUUCAUUUCUUCCUCCCUUAAUUUUUUCUUCUGUUCUACUAUUUGCUGUAAUGUGAAGGGGUGAGCCACUUUUUCAUACUCAGUUUUCUCCUGGAGCUCUUCCUUUGUUGACCAAGCAAUUCCUAGGUUAAUUCCAGUGGCUAGUCCAUGCUGAGCAAUCAACUUUCUUCUGAAUUUAACUGUUUUCUCAUAGGGGAAUUCAGGAUUCUGAGGAUCAACUUGCAUCUGUCCAUGAAGUAUCUUGUAAUGACGAGGUUUUAAUCUAGAUUUGUUUCUUUUGGCUUCGAGGGCAGCUGCAGCCAAUUGCUUUUCAUUUAGCACCUCUUGUUCGGCUAAUUCAGUAGUUGAUGAGAUGUCGGUCGAAGCAAACCUGUUGAAUGGAAUACUUAGAAUUUUCGACGUUGUUUUACUAUUUCCAAUGGAUUUCGUGAAAGACGUAUGCAGAGCACGCGUAAUAUUAGCCAUUUCUUUUACUUUAUUUUGAACUGACUGUCGGAUUUGGUUGGCAACGUAGAUGUUACUAGCAGAAGAAAACGUGCGUUUGACGAAUCGCUCACCAGGUGGUGUAAAAUGCAUUUACAUAAAUAUUUUGAGUUCAAAACAAUAUAAGCUGAGAGCAUGCGGUCUCACAUUUUUUUUUAUUGUGUAAUUACAAUUUCUGCUGUUUUCACAUUUCAUGUAUAAGAAUCGAAUCAUCGGUCACAUACUCACAUUUAUCCGAGUGGAAUUGGCAAACUGGCAACAGCACUCAAUGUUGCUAAAAAUAAGAAAAGCAAAAAAAAAAAAAAGGACUGUAGAGACAGCGUGAUUGCUGCUCAAGAAACUAGUAAAAUAAGGCAAACCUAUAAUAAAAUUGUACAUCCUUUCAAGAGUUGGUGGUGGUGAUUUUAUUUUUGGUGACACUUCGCCCUUGACGAUCGUCGCAAUAGCCUACUAUUUCUGUGGUGCCUAGACCUGAGUACAAACGUCAAGAAACUUCUGGGUACGUAUUUGCCCUCACCAUUUCCUAGCCAAAGAACAAAAACGAAGAUGAGCACAAAAUUCUACAUUUAUAUCCUUUUAGUUCUAGGGUUGUUGGCCACUCACCCGUGUCCUGGAGACUGUGGCCCUAUAGCUGGUGCAGCUUGUGUAAAAUCGUGCUUCGAGGCAACUGCUCUAGGUUGUGGGUAUGCCGUCGGUUUUGGGCCUGUCGGCUGGUUGGGAUGUGCAGGAAUAGCAUCCUUUUGCGCGGCGGCUUGUGCUACUGCAUUUGCGGCUCCGACUCCUUAAUUUCUUGGUAUGGAGAAGAUUGCUAUAAAUGAUUAAAAUGACACCCCGUACCGUAGUUCAUUUUAUUUUGUGAACAGUUCCCGAGCUUUUCUUAGUUUACCAAAUUUAAAAUUUUGUUUGUUCACUUUGCAUUCAGUAUGUAUUGAUAGGCCAUACAAAAUACAAGAAAGGAAAUUUUUUAAGUUUAAA